CUCUCUCUCUCUCUCUCUCUUUUCUUUCUCUCUUUCACAGAGAAAUACACAGAAGCAAAUAUUUGAAGCAAAGAUGGAGUCAUGCAGCGACACAAACACUAGCACCACUCCAUCAACCCCUCUCUCUCACUCUCCAUCUUCAUCGUCUUCUCCUCCUCAUCCGGUUGUUCUAAGCCCUUGCGCGGCAUGCAAGAUUCUGAGGCGGCGGUGUGCGGAGAAAUGCGUGUUGGCUCCCUACUUCCCCCCGACCGAGCCGGCCAAGUUCACCAUCGCUCAUAGGGUGUUUGGUGCUAGCAACAUCAUCAAGUUCUUGCAGGAACUCCCAGAAUCCCAGAGGGCAGAUGCAGUGAGCAGCAUGGUCUACGAGGCUAGCGCAAGAAUUAGAGACCCAGUUUACGGGUGCGCCGGGGCAAUAUGCCAGCUCCAGAAGCAAGUGAACGAGCUGCAGGCGCAAUUAGCCAAGGCUCAGGCGGAGCUCGUCAACAUGCAAUCCCAGCAAGCCCACCUUGUAGCCUUAAUUUGCAUGGAGAUGUCACAAUCCCCACAAGCAUCGCCGCCACAACAGUCAUCGCUUCAUGAUAACUUCACAUCUGUUAAUCCUCACAGCUACCUGCAGGCCAAUCCCAAUAAUUGCUUUCUUGACGACAACAAUCUUGCGGGAUCUCUUUGGGAGCCUCUUUGGACAUGAUCAAAUUAAAUUAAAUUAAAAAAAAAAAUCAUAAUCUAUUAUAUAUAUAUAUAUAUAAUUAAUGUAGCCGUACGUAUUUGAAAACUCCUUCUCCUAAGGAGAAGUGAACUAAGGACAUUGAAUUAAUAAGCUCAAAUUAGUAGGAGGGUACGUAGAUGUUGUAAUAUUAUUGUAUGAAUUAGGAUCUAAUCUCUUUGUUAAGCCUAGGCAAAGUAGAUGGGGUCUGUUUUUUUUUUCCAUCCUUGUAAUCUUGCAAUAGUGGAGAGAAAGAGAGGUAUGGUUGUUCUAAUUAAGUCCAUAUAUUGUAAGCUGAUUAUUGAAUCUUAAGCCAA